GGACGAAACUCGACCUAGACACGGACAACAAAAACAUCUACUACAAUCUCCAAGGACUGACAGACAUCUUGCUGAAAAUUAUCGGUAAUUUUCUUUGAAAACAUGUUUGUUUUUGCAGUUCAAGCAUAAUGGACAUCUCUAAAAUCAAGGAUGGAGAGUAUACUUCGUCAAUUUACUCCAUGAUUAAGGAUCAAAAAUUUGACGAUGCCAUUAAUUAUCUGUCACUGGAACUUGAAAACCAUCCAAAGUCUCGUGCCGCACUCUCUCUGUUGGGUUACUGUCAUUUUCAAGUUCAAAAUUUUGAAAAUGCUUCUGAAUGCUAUGAGCAGCUUGUCGAAACAAAUCCUGAAAUGGACGAAUAUAAACUUGCAUAUGCACAGUCUUUAUACAAGGCAUUCAAGUAUCCAGAAGCAACAAAGGCAACUUUUCAAAUCGAGAAUCCAGCUUAUAAAUCACAGGUUUUGAAACUACAAGCUGCUAUAAAAUAUGGCGAAGAGGAUUUGCAAGGAGCUAAGAGCAUGGUUGAACAAUGCCCAGGUGAUGAUCCUGAUGUUGAAAUAAACCUUGGCUGCUUACUGUAUAAGGAAGAACGUUACUCAGAAGCAUGUCAAAAGUUCACCACUGCAAUGAACAUUCUUGGUUAUCAGGCUGAUCUCUCGUAUAACAUUGCUUUAUGUUACUACAGUAUGAAGCAAUAUGCACCUGCCUUAAAGCAUAUUGCUGAUAUUAUUGAGAAGGGAAUUCGUGAACAUCCAGAGCUCAGUGUUGGCAUGACAACCGAAGGUAUCGAAGUCCGAAGUGUCGGUAACACUAAAGUCCUUCAUGAAACUGCUCUAGUUGAAGCGUUCAAUCUAAAGGCUGCAAUCGAAUAUCAAUUGAAAAACUAUGAGGCCGCACAAGAAGCUCUCACCGACAUGCCCCCAAGAUCUGAAAACGAGCUAGACGCGGUUACAUUGCACAAUCAAGCUCUCAUGAAUAUGGAAGCAAAUCCGACUGCGGGUUUCGAAAAGCUGCAAUUUCUUUUACAACAAAAUCCUUUUCCGCCAGAGACCUUCGGGAAUCUUUUGCUUUUGUAUAUAAAAUACCAGUAUUAUGAUUUGGCAGCAGAUGUCCUUGCCGAAAACGCUCACCUGACGUAUAAAUUUUUAACGCCUUACUUAUACGAGUUUUUGGAUGCUACAAUUACAAGACAGACAUCACCAGAAGAGGCUUUUCGAUGUUUCGAUGAAAUGGCUACGAAACAAACGGAACUACUUCGAAAAUUGACGAAACAGGUACAAGAAUCAAGACAAAAUCACGACGACGAUGCGGUUAAAAAAACUGUCAAUGAAUACGACGAGGCCUUAGAGAGGUAUAUUCCAAUAUUGAUGGCACAAGCAAAGAUUUACUGGGAUUUAGAAAACUACCCUCAAGUUGAAAAGAUAUUCCGAAAAUCAGUGGAAUUUUGUAACGAACAUGAAGUGUGGAAGCUGAAUGUUGCUCAUGUGCUUUUUAUGCAGGAAAAUAAAUACAAAGAAGCCAUUGGAUUUUACGAACCAAUUGUCAAGAAACAUUACGAUAAUAUUCUUACAGUGAGCGCCAUUGUUCUUGCCAAUCUCUGUGUGUCUUACAUUAUGACAAGUUGUAAUGAAGAGGCCGAAGAGUUGAUGAGAAAAAUUGAGAAAGAAGAGGAACAAGUUGCUUACGAUGACCCGGAUAAGAAAAUUUAUCAUCUUUGUAUCGUGAAUCUAGUCAUCGGGACUUUGUAUUGCAAAGGAAACUACGAAUUCGGAAUGUCCAGAAUUAUAAAAAGUGUUGAACCAUACGACAAAAAGCUUGGUACUGACACGUGGUAUUAUGCAAAAAGAUGUUUUAUCAGUCUUCUGGAAAACAUGGCCAAGCAUAUGAUAAUGUUGCGCGACAGUAUCACUCUGGAAAUUAUACAAUUUUUGGAGCAUUGUGAAGUCUAUGGUCGAAACAUACCCGCGUUGGUUGAGCAACCUUUGGAAGAGGAAAAAUUACAUCCCGGACGAAACACUGUCACUUACGAAGCUCGUUUGCUGAAAUGUUUAUUUCUGAAACUAAAAUAGAGCGUUGUCAUUAUAUGUUUGUAUGUAAUAUAAGCUAUUUAUUUUUUUCUGUCAUGUUUGAAUGAAAAGCUUUAUGAAAAAACUGUUCGUUAUUUUCAAUAUUUUGUUGCAGUUAUUAAACACCAUUUUGGGAUCUUUUGCAGCCCGGCUA